AUUUCACAUGGUUUUCGCACCUCCGCCACCAGAAGGCCGUUGACAGAAACUCCAAAGGCCAUUUGCAUCUUGCUGGUCGCCGUAGCUUUCGUUUGCACCUGUCUUAGUUUUCCGAUCUGAGACAAUUAAUCCUGAAAAAUGGCAGCAUCGCCAAUUUCGGUUGUUCUAUUCACUUUAAUUUGGGGUGUCGUUGGAAUUGUCCUACCAUUCCUAGUGCCGAGGGGCCCGAACCGAGGAAUACUCCAAGCAAUCCUCAUGCUGACCGCGGCUACUUGUUGGCUAUUCUGGGUGUGCUGCUACAUGGCACAAAUGAAUCCGUUAAUCGGACCAAAAGUAUCCACCCAUACACUUUUACUAAUGGCCCGGGAAUGGGGCAGUGCCGUGGAUAUCUAAGCAGCCUGAGACCCAACUGUUGCAUUGUAAAUAAAUUGAAUGAAUAUGAUUCCCUAUAAACUUCAUAAUUAAGAUAUCACUGUAUAUUAAUUUCUAUAGGCUAGUCAGAAAGUUAAAAUUUCUAAGCGAGGAUGGAUUAUUCAUGUAAUCGCUGUAGAGAUAUUCCAAUGAUGUAUUUCUUCGUUGUUCAUUCGUUCGUUCGUAUGAAUAGAAAAAGUGGUAGAAAAAUGGAAAGAGAGAAAAAAAACAUAAGAAAUAAAAAUUAAAAAAAGCUAA